CUUCUCCACCUCCUCCUCCACCCCCUCACCACCUCGCCACCUCAGUCAAACAUCUGUUCGCCUUUGUUUACCGGAAAUAUCAGCAUCAGCAGCUCUUUGUGUUUACAAGAACAACUCGUUUACUUCUAUUUACCGAAGUAUCGUCUGUGUGAUAUACGGGAUUUUGUAUUCUGUGUCUACCCAUCUACAGACUCCUCUACAUCGCUGAACUCCUUCUGAUCAUCCUCGGAUCUGCCAUCUCUCUUGUCUAUCUCUGUGAUAAUCUCAAACUUGUGCUUUCUGUGUCUUUUGGCUUUUUGAGCGCUGUCUUUGAGCUGCAAUCUUUCCUAUUUGCCUCUGCUUGAUUCCUACCUCUCUCAAUCGCGUAAUCAUGAGUCGCCACUCUCCUGUCUACCCUCCUCCAGCACGCUAUAGAUCCCCUCCUCCAGAGGGCGAUCGUCGGGAUCGCGAUCGCGACCGUUCCUCUCAUCCCGCUCCAGCCCACGACGGACCUCGUACCGUUAUCCUCUCCAACCUUCCCCCAGAUGAGCAGAUCGAUCUCGCUCUUCUGCAUUCUUUAAUACGCGGUGGCAAGAUCGAAUACUCACACUACGACCCACACCGCCGUACCUUCUUCGUGCACUUUAUGUUCCCCAAAGAUGCAGCUGCUUACAUGGGCUGGGUUGCUAGUCAGGGUAGCAUGUACAUCAACGAGUACGAAAUCUUCCUAGAUCUCGUACACAGCCCAGCUCCUGUUCCUGGCAUCUUCCUCAGCCAGAGCAAUGUCUCACGGAAGCUGUAUCUCGGUGGUAUUCCGCCCGAUAUUCACGCUCGAAGACUCUGUACUAUGUUUGAGCGGUACGGUGUCAUUGAAUACGUCAAGAUCGUCUGGGAACGCAAGUGUGGAUGGGUCUCGUUCUGUAGAAUGGCGGAUGCGUUUGAUGCGCUGCGCUUCAUCAGACAGGACGAGCCUGUCUUCCGUCGGUCGCGAGUCGAGUAUGGUCGCGACGACUGUGAUGGUGGAAUGCAGGAAAUCCUCGAAGGCGGCGGUGUUAGCAUCAAUGCCCGCAAAGACGUCGACAUCACCAUCGGCCGCUUCAAACAUCUCGGACGACGAGAGUCUGCCGCUCCUCCUAAUGUCACGAUGGAAAUCCCCGUGCGUGACCAUGGAGCUCGGUCGCCUCAGCCGGCCCUUCUACCUCCGUCUGGAUACAAUUCGCGCAGUGAGAUCAGAGCUUGAAUGAUAUGAGUGAUUUGAUUUAUAUGAUAUAUACAUAGUAGUCUUUUAUUGAAAUAUACUAGCA